AUGGCCGCCCUGGCCGGCACGGGCGUCCCGUACCGUCUCCCAUGCCAGGAGCAUCCCCUGCCCCCGCCGGUGCGGGCUUUCCCCAACAGGGCCCACCUCAACGCGCUGCUCACGUCCUACGGCCGCCGCGGCCGCAUCCAGGACGCCCAGCAGCUGUUCGACCGGAUGCCCCGCCGCGACGUCAUCUCCUGGACGGCCCUCCUCACCGCCUACGCCGACGUCGGCGACCUCGCCUCCGCGCGCCUCGUCUUCGACGACAUGCCCCGCCGCAACGCCGCCUCCUGGAACGCGCUGGUCUCCCUCUACCUCCGCGCGGGGCGGCACGCGGCUGCGCACGCGCUCUUCUGCAAGGCGCCCGCCAAGAACGCCGUGUCCUACGGCGCCAUCAUAACGGGCCUCGCUAGGGCGGGCAUGCUGCGGGAGGCACAGGCGGUGUACGGGGAGGUGCCGCCGCGGUGGAGGGACCCCGUGGGGUCCAACGCGAUGAUCUUCGGGUACCUCGGGGCCGGGGAGCUUGGCAUGGCGUUGAGGGUGUUCGAUGCAAUGGCGGAAAGGGACGUCAUUUCUUGGAGUGCUAUGGUUGAUGGGCUAUGCAAGUAUGGGACUGUGUCCGAGGCCAGGAGGCUGUUUGAGGCAAUGCCUGAGAGGAAUGUGGUGUCGUGGACCUCGAUGAUCCGAGGAUAUGUGAAACGCGGGAUGUACAGAGAUGGUCUCUUGCUGUUCCUGGACAUGAGAAGGGAAGGUGUUCAGGUUAAUAUGAUUACACUCUCGGUUGUGCUAGAUGGUUGUGCUCAGGCCAGUCUUGUCGACGAAGGGAUCCAGGUUCACAGCUUGAUGAUGAGAAUGGGGUUUGCAAAGGAUAUAUUUUUGGGUGAUUCACUGAUAAUAAUGUAUUCUCGAUUUGGCUCGAUGGCUGAUGCUAGAAGGGUUUUUGCUUUCAUGAAGCAGAAAGACAUAGUAUCGUGGAACUCAUUGAUCACUGGUUAUGUUCAGAAUAACAUGAUUGAAGAUGCUCAUGUGCUGUUCAAGUUGAUGCCAGAGAGGGAUGCUAUUUCUUGGACGUCAAUGGUGGUUGGGUUUGGUAAUAGGGGUUGGAUGAGAGAGUCUGUUGAACUCUUUGAGCAAAUGCCUAUAAAAGACGAGAUUGCCUGGGCUGCAGUUAUUUCUAGUUUUGUUGCAAAUGGAAACCAUGUGAGUGCGGGAUUGCAAGCUCAUGCUUAUGCAGUCAACAUGGGAUGGAUAUUUGACUCGGCUGUCCACGCUUCUUUGGUGACAAUGUAUGCAAAAUGUGGUAGGUUGGCUGAGGCUCAUCGUGUUUUCUCAUGCAUUAGCAAUCCAAGCCUUAUUGCCACUAAUUCUAUGAUUACAGCAUUUGCACAACAUGGCUUGGCUGAAGAUGCAUUCAAACUUUUUAAGAGAAUGCAAUAUGAUGGCCAAAGGCCUAACCAUGUGACAUUCUUGGGAAUACUGACUGCAUGUGCUCGAGCUGGUUUGGUUCAACAAGGUUAUAACUACUUUGAAUCCAUGAGAUCAGCCUAUGGUAUUCAACCAAACCCUGACCACUACACAUGCAUGGUUAAUCUUUUAGGUCGUGCAGGCUUCCUUGAUGAAGCACUGGAAAUGAUUAAUUCGAUGCCCCAGAAAGAUUAUCCUGAUGCAUGGGCAGCUUUGCUUAGCUCUAGUCGCCUCCAUUCUAAUCUUGAUUUAGCAAAAUUAGCAGCACAGAGGCUUCUUGAGAUAGAUCCUUACGACGCAACAGCUUACACAGUCCUGUCAAACAUGUUCUCCUCAGCAGGGAUGAAGGAAGAUGAAGAGAUGGUAAAGGUUGCACAAUUAUCCAACAUGGCUAGUAAGAUUCCUGGAGACUGGAGAGUUGAUGAUACUUCUGCAAAUAAUUCAUCUGCUAUUGUUAUAUUGAACAACAAGAAAAUCGUUGGCUGCUCACGCUUUCAAGAAUAUUUUGUGCAUGAUCUAUUCUCAUCAAUUGUUAGAGAAGAGUCACUGAUGUACUGGAGAAGGCUGAACAGCAUGAGGCUAAGGCUUCCACCUGGACCUCUAACAUGGCCAAUCUUUGGCAAUCUUCUCCAGUUGAGCCCGCUUCCCCACAAAGACUUUGCCCGAUUUUGCACCAAAUAUGGCCCUCUUGUCUAUCUUCGCCUAGGAACCAUCGAUGCCAUCACCACUGAUGAUCCAGAGGUCAUCCGUGAAAUACUCAUCCGGCAAGAUGAGGUCUUUGCUUCACGGCCUCGGACACUGGCUGCUGUCCAUCUUGCCUAUGGGUGUGGCGAUGUGGCUCUAGCUCCGCUGGGGCCCAACUGGAAAAGGAUGAGGAGGGUUUGUAUGGAGCACUUGCUGACGACCAAGCGGCUCGAGUCGUUUGCUGCUCACCGACCUCAGGAGGCUGAGCACCUUUGCCAGUUUGUAUGGGCUAAAUCUCAGUCCUGGAAGCCCGUGAACCUCAGAGAGGUUCUUGGCGCAUUCUCGAUGAACAACGUCACGAGGAUGCUGCUGGGGAAGCAGUACUUUGGGAUCCAGUCGGCAGGCCCUGGCGAAGCAAUGGAGUUCAUGCACAUCACCCAUGAGCUGUUCUUCCUGCUGGGCCUGAUCUAUCUCGGGGACUACUUGCCAGCUUGGAGGUGGGUCGACCCGUACGGGUGCGAGAAGAAGAUGAGGGAGGUCGAGAAGAAGGUGGACGACUUCCACCAGAAGAUAAUUGAUGAACACAGGAGAGCUAGGGAGGCCAAGAAGACUCGGCGUUCCUCCCUUGAUGACGACGACGGCAAAGAAGAGAUGGACUUCGUCGAUGUGCUGCUAUCUUUGCCCGGUGAGAACGGGAAGGAGCACAUGGACGACAUGGAGAUCAAAGCGUUGAUGCAGGACAUGAUUGCUGCUGCUACGGACACUUCAUCGGUGACCAACGAGUGGGUGAUGGCGGAGGUGAUCAAGAACCCGCGCGUGCUCCGGCGUGUCCAGGACGAGCUGGACGCUGUCAUCGGGCGCGACCGGAUGGUGGCGGAGUCGGACCUGGCCCACCUCCCCUACCUCCGGUGCGUGGUCCGCGAGUCGUUCCGGAUGUGCACCCGGCGGGGCCGUUCCUGA